GCAAACCAGCCCAACAUGGCUAAACUCUUUGUUUCUUUAAGCUUCCUCUUACUCAUCCAUGCCAGCUGCCUUGCUUACCAACCAUCUUUCCAACAGCAAAACCAGUGCCAGAUUCAACGACUCAAUGCCCUUGAACCCAUUGAACGAGUUCAAUCCGAGGCCGGUUUCACCGAGUUCUUUAACUCCAAUGAACAGGAGUUCCAGUGUGCCGGUGUAGAGGUUAUUCGCCACCAGAUUCAACCGCAAGGACUUCUCUUGCCGUCCUACACCAACACCCCUAUCCUCUUCUAUGUCGAACAAGGAAGUGGUAUUCAGGGGGUGAUGUUGCCUGGUUGUCCGGAGACAUAUGAAGUAUCGACCGAACAAUUCGAAGGACGUAAAGGCGGAGGCGCGUUUACAGAUCGCCACCAGAAGAUCCACCAGUUCCGACAAGGAGAUGUGGUGGCCAUACCUACUGGAGCUGCACAUUGGCUUUACAACAAUGGACAAGAUGAGCUUGUUAUUAUUGCCUUACUUGACAGCACAAACUAUGCUAACCAGCUUGAUCCAAACCACAGAAGAUUUUUCCUAGCCGGAAACUCACAAGGAGAGCAGCAGCAACAACAACAACAACAACAGUUUCAACCAAGAUCAUGGCAAAGGCGACAACAAGGCGAAUCACAACAAGAGGGAUGGGAUAACAUUCUCAGAGGGUUCACAACCGAAACUCUCGCAGAGGCGUUUAAUGUAGAUCACGAGACCGCAGAGUUACUCCGUGGUGAGAAUGACCAAAGGGGACACAUUAUCUUUGUACAAAAUGGUCUUCAAGUUAUCCAGCCACCUAUGCGACGUGAAGAACAAGAAUACCGUCGUGGUCCUCGAGCCAACGGUGUAGAAGAAACCAUUUGCUCGAUGAAACUCCAGAUGAACAUCGACGAUCCCUCGAACGCUGACCUUUACAACCCGCAAGCCGGCCGUUGCACUCAUCUCAACAGCUUCAAGUUCCCCAUUCUUCAGUUUUUGCAACUCAGCGCCGAACGAGGUGUCCUCCAUAGGUAUGGUAUAGUGUCACCACACUGGAUAAUGAAUGCCCACAACAUAAUCUACGUGACAGAAGGGAACAUGAGGAUUCAAAUAGUUAACGACCUGGGUCAAGAGGUGUUCAACGACGAGGUCCAAGAGCAACAGCUGGUGGUGGUGCCACAGAAUUUCGCGGUGGUGAAACAAGCCGGCGAGCAAGGAUGUAGGUGGAUUUCCUUCAGGACCAACGACAACGCGAUGAUCAACACCUUGGCCGGAAGGACCUCUGUCAUGAGAGCAUUGCCUGUUGAUGUCCUAGCGAAUGCAUACCAGUUGUCUAGGGAAGAUGCACAAAAAGUCAAGUACAAUAGGCAGGAGUCUGUGUUGUUCACGCCUGGCGGUAGUUACACCCGUGGUCGUGGUGGGAUGUAGGAGGCUUAAGGUCGUAGUUGGGUGAUCGAGAGUUUGUUAAGAAACAAGAAUAAAAGGUGUUGUAGUUUGUUGGAGAGUAACAAGCUGUAUGUAAAAGAAGGGCGAGCUUGUGUAGUUAUUAUGGUUUUCGAAUAAUAAUAAUAAAAGAACCUACGACCCUUCGUUGUAUGUUAA